CGCCUGCGCAAAUACAGAGGGCAGGAAGCGAUACGGGGUGCGAGAGGUCGGGGAGCGCCUGCGCAGACUCGGACUUAAGGGUGCAAAGGCUGAGGCAGAAAGCGCCGGGGGAUUUUCCUCACUCUCGACACCGAGCUCUGUUAAUAACUGCCCGACGGCUUUCGAGGUUAGAGGGAGAAGGUCGGUAUUGACUGUAAAGUCAUUGUUGAAGAGGCGAUACGCUAACUUUGCGUCUUAAGAAGCAGACGUCGCACCGGCUCGGGGGACGCUUGCGCAGACGCAGACGGCAGAGAGCGAGGGACAUUUUCCUCCAGCCUCUGGCGCCCCCCCCCCCGGGUUCACAGAACUCUGUUAACCUCCGCCAGCCGCCCCCAAGGCUUGGAGGGGCUUGAGGGACGAGGCCAGUGGUGACCGCGUGUUUCUGAUCGCAGGGGCUGUACGCUCAGCUCUCCCCGGAAGACGAGCCCGAGCCCGGGGGAGGUAUCGGGUCUCGCAUCGCGGCACACACACCGCCGCCCCUGCACGUGGUCGGAGGCCGAGGCCGAGGAGCAGGAUGGCGGAGCCCGAGCGACCGCCCAUGUCCCUUCCUGGGGGCUCCGCCGCAGGGGAGGGAGCCCCCGAGGUGGGCUCGGAUACGAAUGCCUUGGAGCCGGCACCCUCUGCCGCCGUCUCCCCUGGAACAGAGGAACCCACCGGCGACGCCAAGAAAAAAAGUAAUUUCCCUUGUUUCCCUUUGUCUGGGACAGUUGAUGUUCUACUAAAGGCUGUUGGAGACACCCCUAUAAUGAAAACAAAGAAGUGGGCUGUAGAACGAACCCGAACAAUUCAGGGUCUCAUUGAUUUCAUCAAAAAAUUUCUUAAACUUGUGGCUUCUGAACAAUUGUUUAUAUAUGUGAAUCAGUCCUUUGCUCCUUCACCAGAUCAAGAAGUUGGAACACUCUAUGAGUGUUUUGGCAGUGAUGGUAAGCUGGUCCUGCAUUACUGCAAAUCUCAGGCAUGGGGAUGAUCUAUACACAGUAAGAACCACUUGCUGCUUAGCACUAACCUCCAAAAAGGAAGCAGAGCACUGAGAGACUUUGUGUCCAAAAACAUGUUGGAAAGAGAUGAAUGUGAUCUUCUCUCCAUUUAUUUGCAAAAUACUCUCUUUAUGUAUAAGAGACAUACCUGUAAACAGAAAAUGGACUCCCACUAAAUGUAACUUAAACUAUUUGUCAUAUAAAUCAUCAUUACAAAGUUGACAGAAUAUAUCCAUCUUGCUAGUGUUGCAAAACGUCUUGGCUACUGUUUUCAUAAUGACAGUGUACUCUUAAUUGUCCUUUGAUAAAAGGGAUCUUUCUUUAAUACUUGUUUGUACAGGAAAAUCCAAUGUGCUUUAGCCAUAAGAUGUUCUUUCUCAUAUUGCAUCUCCUGGGCAGUCUUCUCUUAAAACAUCUGUGCAGGUAGGAUAAAAUCAUCUCAGUUUGCAGUCUCUCCAUUUUGCUUACAUAGUCUGGAAGAGGGUAGCCCAACAGGCAAAUGAGGGAGGGAUAGCUAUUGCCAUCUCUCUUUAAUGUCUUCAUUGCCCCAUUGACACUGAAAUUUUUUUAUAAUAACGGGCAUUUAGCCAACAGGUGGAGCAAACAAUUUGGAUAGUUGCAAGGCUACCUUAAAAUAUUUAUUGUGUAAUAGAAACUCUCAACAUCAUAGGGCUUUGCUAAUUUCUCUUAUUCUCUUUUAUUAAACAUUUGGGAUAGGUAGAUUGUCUAGAGCUUUUUAGCCUUACUAUUUAAUACUUAUUUAAGUACACAGUGAUUUAUUACUGUAUAUUUACUUAUACAGUGCCAAAACACUUUGUAUAUAACUACAACAACAUAUCCAGGUUAAACUUUGGGGUUUUUUGUUUGUUUUUGUUUUAUUUUUUUUUCUAAGUUUGAUUCUGGAAGGCUCUCUAAAAAUCACUCUCUGCCUCAUUGAUGUUUCAUGCUACUACCAAAAAUUUAAUUUUUCUAUUAAUUUAGCCAUUAGAAUUAACUUUUUUCUUUACUGCAUUUGUCACAUGUUUUUUUCAACUAACAUUCCAGUAAAUUGAAUGAAAUUAUAUACCAUUUUAAAGUGUCCACUGGAACCAUAAAAGAAAAAAAAUUUCAUGAAUUUUACAUUUUGACUUCGUAUUGUUUUCCAAGUUUUAUUUAAUUCUGUAUCAUUUCAAUGCUAUUAUAGUGAUAUGCCAUAUGUGAACAUUAGGGGGUGCCAUAGAACAACAGUAAGCUGUGUUUCCCUUUUAAAAGCUGAAAUCUUA